AUGAACUCCACAUCAAACAGCAGUCUGGGCAACACUUUUAUUUCGAAAACACUAAAAGAGAAGUCUUUGACGGUGCAGGUGCUGGUUGGGAUUCUUCUGUAUGUGAACGGACUGAUGAUUUUCACCUUUCUGAAGAAGGAGACUUUCAGGGACACACGCUACAUUCUGUUUGCUCAGACUCUUUUUGUUGACUCAGCUCUUAUGCUGUUUGCUGAUUUAACCCUUGUAGGCUCUGCUUAUGAAUUGUUCAUUCACAUCAUUUCUUGUUAUAUCUUUUGUACAGUCAUGGCUCUGCUCAGUAUUUGUUCUCCGGUGACUCUUGUAGCCAUGUGUUUGGAGCGAUAUGUGGCCAUAUGUUUGCCUUUAAGACAUGCCAGCAUCUCCAGUCCCAAAAACACCAUCAAUGGGCUUCUCAUUAUAUGGGGUGUCAGUAGUGUCAUCCCACUGUUUAUUUUCAUUGUCUCUUUUACUUACACUCCUCCUAAUGCCAUGAACUCAUAUGUUGUGUGUAGUAAUGAUGUCAUGUUUCAAGUGAAAUGGUUGGCAGAAAUGAGAGCAUUAAGUCAACAGCUGUUGUUCGUCAUAAUGUUGUGUAUUGUUGGCUCCACCUACAUCAAGAUUAUGGUUGCAGCCAAAUCAGCCUCCGCCGAGAACAAGAAGUCAACAUAUAAGGGUCUCAGAACUGUUAUUCUCCAUGGCCUUCAGCUGAUUCUGGGUAUGAUGCAGCUUAUAACACCGUAUAUUGAUAUUCUAACAUUGAAAGUAGAUAUUAUGCUGUUUAUUAAUGUAAAAUUCUCAAAUUUCAUGUUGUUUUGGAUCUUUCCCCGUUGCUUAAGUCCCUUAGUUUAUGGAUUACGAGACAAAAAGUUUUAUAAUGCUCUCAAAUAUUAUGCCUUUUGUGGCAUUUAUGUUUGUAAAAAGCACAAAAUAAAAGAUAGUAAAACCAUUAGAGGUGCUGUGAGCAUUGCUAUA